ACUGACACAGAGUAGGUGCUUGGGAAACUCUUUACCUGAAAGGGCAAAUGAGAAAUGGGAAAUGCGCCACUCAUCAUCAAAGACUGUCAGCAUCGCCCAUCUGCCGAUCCCAGCUGCGGCGGAAGAUGCUCUGGGGGUUAUCUUCGGGGAAGGAGCUGAAGGAGAAAGGAAAUUGGGUUUCCUUCUGACCCUAGCAACCGAGGGAGUUGAUCUCCUGUGCCUCAGUUGCUUUACCUGCUCUCUCCAAAGGGCGGAAUACAAGUGUGCAUGGCAGCACUACAAAUGCUGCUCCAAAGCGGGGAAGCCAGGCACACGUAGCGGCUCAGAGCCCUCCCCAGAGCCAGCGUUCUGCUGGGUCUAGGAUCCUCUGGCCGGGCCGUUGGCUGCCACGAGACCAGACCUGGGUCCUCCCCCUACCUCCCUUGUAGGUGUGCCUGCUGGGCAGAUCUGUGGCCCACAUUUGGGAAUGGAGCCCAGAGAUGCCUUCUGGAAAGGAGCCCACACCCUCCGCUCUGCUGCAGCUCAUUAGCAGUUCAAGCAGCCGCUCUCUGGGCCCAGGAGGCUGUCCCAGGGCUCCGGAGCCUCUGCCUGCCAACUCAAGGCUUUCUUACUUGGUGCCAACACAGGACUGAGGGAACGACAGUCCGCCUGGCACCCUCUAGGUGGUCCUCCAAAAGAGCAGGCAGGCCUUGGUGAACUGGCAGACUCUCCACCUGUGGACUGGCUUCAAGUGUCUCGGAGGAGAUGUGAAGAACUACCAUAACUACCGGUGGACACUCCCUCGCCCGGCCCGCGCGCUGCGCCUUUAAGGUCUACUGGGGGCGUGAUGUCAGCUGCCCGCGGGCACUUGGAGCGCGAGCCCGGCGGCCCGCGCGCUUCGGCGAUUCCGAGCCAUUCCGAACCCGUUGUGGAGAAGGACCUGCCUGCCGGUAGCUCCGCGUCCCUGACUUCGCCCGUCCGGCGCGCUCGCCCGUGGGCCAUGACCAGCAGACCCUGAACGGGCACCGACCCGGCUCCGGGAACGCGAGGCUCCGCGGCCCCGGCCAUGGGCAACUUCCAGCUGGAAGACUUUGUGGCGGGCUGGAUCGGAGGUGAGCGCAUCCCCGGAUGGGAGGGACCCCCAGAGGUGCAGCGAGCGUCAUCGUCGGCCACCCUCUGGACACAGUCAAGGCUCGCCUGCAGGCCGGCACUGGCUACGGGAGCACCCUUAGCUGCAUCCGCACUGUGUACAGGAGGGAGAGUGUGUUUGGCUUCUUCAAGGGCAUGGCCUUCCCCCUCACCAGCAUCGCUGUCUACAACUCAGUGGUGUUUGGGGUCUUCAGCAACACACAGAGGUUCCUCAGCCACCACCGGUGCCAGGAGCCCGAGGCCGGCUCACCCCGCGUGCUGUCUGACCUGCUCCUGGCCAGCAUGGUGGCUGGCGUGGUCUCUGUGGGGCUGGGUGCGCCCGUGGACCUCAUCAAGAUCCGGCUGCAGAUGCAAACACAGCCAUUUCGGGAAGCCAACCUCGGUUUGAAGCCCAGGGUGGCAGCUCUUGGGGAGCAGCCAGCCUACCAGGGGCCUGUGCAUUGCAUCAUAACCAUCGUGCGGACUGAAGGCCUGGCAGGGCUGUACCGGGGCGCCAGUGCCAUGCUGCUGCGGGACAUCCCGGGCUACUGCCUCUACUUCAUCCCUUAUCUGUUCCUGAGUGACUGGAUCACGCCCGAGGCCCACACAGGCCCCAGCCCCUGUGCUGUGUGGCUGGCGGGAGGCAUGGCAGGAGCAAUUUCUUGGGGGACAGCAACUCCUAUGGAUGUCGUGAAGAGUCGACUGCAAGCUGACGGGGUUUAUAUAAACAAAUACAAAGGUGUCCUGGACUGUAUCUCCCAGAGUUACCAGAAGGAAGGUCUUAAAGUAAGCCCCACAGCAGUCAUGCAGGGUCAGUGUCAGUCCCUGGAAGGUAGGGUCAGAGAUUUUGGAAGAUGUGAGACUACAGAGAAGAGAAUCAGGAAAACGAGGUGCUGGCUUUUAAAUUAUGAAGCACUUGUUUCAUCCAGUCCUUGCCCCGGCCUGGAGGAGGAAGUGGGUGUGCACCCAGCUGAUGGGUUCAGAGAGGACUGGUAACCUACCUGAGGUCACACAGCUGGUAUGUGGCAGAGCCGGGGUCUGGACGCACAUCUGUGUUACCAAAGCUGGCCUCCUCAUCCAGAAAGGCUAGGAGCUCCUUCGUCACUCCCUGCUUAGCACCUCAGCCUCACCCCUCCUAUAAGUGGGAAUUCCCAGAACCACCUCAAUCAUCACAUCUUGCAGGUUCCAAUUCCCUGAUCUGUCUUCUGCUUUCCACCCCACACAAGUCCAGACCCCAUCACCUCUGGUCUCGGCUACUGAGGCAGCCUCCAGCCUGGCCUUGUCUUCCUUCUCCUGAACCUAAAGGGCUUAUCCUAAACCCAAGCCUCUACUUGCCUCUAAACUAUCUCAGAAUGAAGAUCAGUUUUCCACAUCUAGUGUCCAAAGUUAUAAACAUCCCCAUCUUUCUUGCCUCCCACUAUACCCCCUAGUACCCUCAUGCUUGCUCUUCCUUGAAUGGGCCCCUGGCUUUCUUGGCAUGCCUCUUAGUCAGCAGACUUAAGUGCAAAGCCAGGUCUGGCUACUUGUGAACUGGGGGAAUCCAGGCAAGCUUCCCCUCUCUGGGCCUCAAUUUCUCCAAUGAUAAUCACCCCUACCAUGAGCAGCAGAGAUAUUUGUAGGUUAAAUUAAAUUAGGCAUAUAAAAAGUGCUCAGUUUAAUGUAUAACACAUAGAGAACAUUUAGAAAGGGUCAUCUGUUUAUCAUUAGCAUUAGUAUUCGUAGUUUUAUUAGUGUUAAUGUUACUAUUGACCUAUGAGGCCUUGCCUCAUCCCAAGCCCUCCAAUCCUUACUAACUGCCACUCCAGUGUGUCCAAACUUCUGCUUUUUCGCUCCAAUGGAGUGCCAGAGCUUGUCCUCUGGAAAACUGGACUUCCACAAAGGCUCUCUCAUCUGUGUGUGACCUCCCAAGUCAGUGUUCUCCAGCUGCUCCUGGACUACAGCCAAGAGUGGCUGGAGCCAAUUCACAGGCUACUGCAGGUUUCGCUGCCAGUACUGAGGUCUGUCUGCCUAUUAGCUGAUGCACAGGUGGGAAAGACUCCUCUCGGGUCCCUUGGUGUAUGGUGCUGGAUCCCACAACUCCCACAGAGGCACUUUUGUUCAUGGAUGGAUGCUGAAUUUUUGUUGUUGAACUGAGGACAAAAUAAGGGACAUUUGGGGCUGCCAUGAUGCUAGUGUCACUCUCCCCAUGUAUUUACCUUUUGUGAGAUUUUUACAAUAUCUCUUCAUACAGCUGCAAGUUAACUGUCUAGUGAUUUUAUUUCAGCCUGCAGGGCUCUCUUGAGAAUUUCUUACCAGGUAGGUCUAGUGGUAAUGAACUCCUUCAGCUUUUGUUUAUCUGGGAAUGUCUUGAUUUCUCUCUCACUCUUGAAGGAUAGUUUUUCUGGAUAUAGAAUCCUUUCUUGACAGUUUUGUUCUUUUUCUUUCAGCACUUUGGAUAUAUUCGCCCAUUGUCUUCUGGCUGCUAAAGUUUCUGAUGAGUAAUCUGCUGAAAGUCUUACAGAGGAUACUUUUUAUCUGCUUUCAAGAUUCUCUCUUUGUCUUUCAAAAGUUUAUUAUAAUGUGUCUUCUUGUAGGUCUCUUUGAAUUCAUCUUGCUUGGAGUUCAUUGAGCUUCUUUGAUGUUUAUAUUCAUGUCUUUCAUCAUAUUUGGGAAGUUUUUGGCCCUAUUACUUCAUAUAUUCUCUCUCUCUCUCUGUCUCUCUCUCUGUCUCUGUCUCUCUCUCUCUCUCUUCUCCUUGGACUCCCACAAUGAAUAUGUUGCUCUGUUUGAUAGUUUCCCACAAGUCCCUUAGGCUCUGUUUACUUUUCUUCAGUGUUAUUUCUUUCUGUCACUCAGACCCAAUAAUUUCUCUUAUCCUAUCUUUAAGUUUGCUGAUUCUUUCCUCUGCCUGUUCAAAUAAACCUUUGAAUCAUUCUAGUAAAUUUUUCAUUUCAGUUAUUCAUUCAUUCAUUCAGUGCUUUUCAGCUCCAGAAUUUGUUUGCUUUCUCUCUGGGUUUUCUAUUUCUUUAUUGAUAUUUCUAUUUUGUUCACAUAUCAUUUUCUUGACUCUCUUCACAUCUUUCUUUAGUUCUUCAAGCAUCUUCAAGAAGGAUAUUUUAAAGUCUUUGUCAAGUAGGUAUGCUAUCAGGUCUUUUUCAGGGACAUUUUAUUUUGAUUUUUUUUCUUUGAGUGGACCACACUUUCCUGUUUCUUAUAUGCCUUGUGAUUUUUUAUUGAAAACUAGACAUUUGAAUCUAAUAAUGUGGUAACUCUAGAAGUCCAAUUCUCCCUCUUCCCCAGGGUGUGGUGGGUUUUGUUAUUAUUUUUGAUUGCUGUAGACUAUCUCUGUGCCAAUGAUCAAUCUGAGGUGUAAACUUAAGGUUUUCUCAGUGUUUUUCUGAGGCUGUGCCUUUCCCUGGGCAUACACAGUCACUUUCUAAUUUUCCUCAUACAUGCAGUCGCUUUUGAAUGUCCUAGUCUGGCUCCCAAAAGAGGAAAAAGAGAGAAAUGAAGGGAAGGGAAAGGGGCACCAUCCCUUUAGACUCCCUGGAAGUCACUUCAGCCAGUGAACAAGGGGGUUGCAAGAUGGAGGGGGAGGUUAAACAAGAAUGACUGCCCUCCUCUUUGCACCUCAUGAUCAGAAACAGCAAUCAGUGACCAGAACACAGAUGUCCAGUAUUUGGAGGACAAGGUUCUCAUUGCCCACCCUGGUUCCCACAAGCUGUGUGCAGGUUACUCCAGGAACAUGUGCAUAGAUGCCUGCCAAAGGGCUUGGGAUGGGGGAUGGGUAGCUGCUACUGUGCUAAAUGCUGACAUUGACUGAAAUUAACCACUGCCCAAACCCUCUCCUGGAAGUUGGAAGCCUUCGGUAAACUCCAGAGUUCUAAAGUAGUUACAUCAGACAAAUUUUGUCUGUGUAAUAGUUAUCUAGGUGAGGAGACAGAGUCCUGGUAUUUUCUACUCUGCCAUGUUCCUAGAAUUCUCACCUCAGUUGUUUUUUUUUCUUUUCCAGUUUUAUUGAGAUAUAAUGGACAUAUAGCACUGUAGAUGUUUAAGGUGUACAGCAUAAUGAUUUGACUUACAUAUAUCAUGAAAUGAUGACCACAAUAAAUUUAGCGAACAUCUAUCACCUCAUAUAGAUACAACUUAAAGAAAUAGAAAAAUACUUUUUUCCUUGUGAUGAGAACUCAGGAUCUACUCUCUUAACCACUUUCAUACAUAAUGUACAGCAGUGUUCAUCAUAUUUAUCAUGUUGUACAUUACAUGUUGUACAUCCCCUCCCACCACCCCUCACUUCUGGUAACCACAAAUCUGAUCUCUUUUUCUCUAUUUGUUUGUUUUAGAAGUAUAAUUGACCUACAACACUUUGUUAGUUCCUGGUACACAACAUAGUGAUUUGAUGUCCCUAUGCAUUUCAAAAUGAUCACCAUGAUAAGUCUAAUUACCGUCUGUCACCAUACAAAGAUAUUACAUAAUUAUUGACUAUAUUCCUCACACAGUACAUUUCAUACCGAUUACUCAUUUAGUUUGUAACUGCAAGUUUGUACCUGUUAAUUUCCCUCACCUAUUUCUCUCCUCCUCAACAUCCUUCCCCUUUGGCAACAACCUGUUUGUUCUCUGUAUCUAUGACUCUGUUUCUGGUUAGUUAUGUUUGUUCAUUUGUUUUGUUUUUUAGAUCCCACAUAUAAGUGAGAUCAUACAGUAUUUGUCUUUCUCUGACUUAUUUCACUUAGCAUAAUACCUUCUAGGUCCAUCCAUGUUUUCACAAAUGUCAAUAUUUAAUUCAGUCUUGGCUAUUGUAAAUAAUGCUGCAAUGAACAUAGGAGUGCAUGUAUCUUUUCUAAUUAGCGUUUUUAUUUUCUUUAGGUAAAUACCCAGGAGUGGAAUUGCUGGAUUGUAUGGUAGUUCUAUUUUUAAUUUUUUUUGAGGAACCUCCAUACUAUUUUCCAUAGUGCUGCACCAAUUUACAUUCCCACCAACAGUGUGCAAGGGCUCCCUUUUCUCCACAUCCUCACCAACACAUGUUAUUUCUUGUCUUUUUGAUAAUAGCCAUUCUGACUGGGGUGAGGUGCUAUCUCAUUGUGGUUUUGAUUUGCAUUUCCCUGAUGAUUAGUGAUUUUCAGCAUCUUUUCAUAUGUAUGUUGGCCAUCUGUGUGUCUUCUUUGGAAAAAUGUCUUUGCAGGUCCUCUGCCCAGUUUUUAAUUGGGUUGUUUGGUUUUUUGAUGUUGAGUUAUAUGAGUUCUUUGUAUAUUUUGGAUAUUAACCCCUUAUCAGAUAUAUCAUUUGCAAAUAUCUUCUGUCAUUCAGUAGGCAGCGUUUUCAUUUUGCUGGUAGUUUCCUUCACUGUGAAAAACCUUUUUAGUUUGAUAUAGUCCCAUUUGUUUAUUUUUGUUUUUGUUUCCCUUACCUGAGGAGACUGAUCUCAAAAAAUAUUGCUAAGAUUGAUGUCAAAGAAUGUAUAGCCUAUGUCUUCUUCUAGAAGUUUUAUGGUUUCAGGUCUUAGUUUAAGUCUUUAAUCCACUUUGCAUUUAUAUAGGGUGUGAGAAAGUAGUCCAGUUUUUCCAACACCAUUAUUGAAGCGGCUUUAUUUUCCCCAUUUUAUAUUCUUGCCUCCUUUGUCAUAGAUCAAUUGCCCAUAUAAGCAUGGGUUCAUCUCUGGGUCGUCCAUUCUAUUCCAUUGAUCUAUGUGUCUGUUUUUGUGCCAGUAUCAUACUGUUUUGAUUACUGUAGCUUUGUAGUAUAGUUUGAAAUCAGGGAGCAUGGUACCUCUAGCUUUGUUCUUUGUUCUUAAGAUUGUUUUGGCUAUUCAAGGUCUUUUGUUUUUCCAUCCAAAUUUUAGAAUUAUUUGUUCUAGUUCCAUGAAAAAUGCCAUUGAUAUUUUGAUAGGGGUUGCAUUUCAUCUGUAGAUUGCCUUGGGGAGUAUGGUCUUUUUAAUAAUAUUAAUUCUUCCAAUCCAUGAGCAUGGUAUAUCUUUCCAACUGUUUGUGUCAUCUUCAGUGUCUUUCAUUGAUGUCUUAUAGUUUACCAAGUACCUUUUACCUCCUUAGUUAGAUUUAUUCCUAGGUAUUUUUUAUGCAGUUGUAAAUGGGACUGUUUUCUUAAUUUCUCUUUCUGAUAGUUCAUUGUUAGCAACAAAUUUCUGUGUAUUAAUUUUGUAUCCUGAAACUUUACUAAAUUCAUUGAAGAGUUCUGGUAGUUUUUUGGGGGCAUCUUUAGGAUUUUCUAUGUAUAGUAUCAUGUCAUCUGCAAACAGUGACAGUUUUACAUCUUCUUUUCUAAUUCAGAUUCCUUUUAUUUCUUUUUCUUCUCUGAUUGCUGUGGCUAGGGCUCCCAAUACUAUGCUAAAUAAAAGUGGCAAGAGUGGAUCUUCUUAGAGGAAAUGCUUUCUGAUCUUAGAGGAAAUGCUUUCAGCCUUUCACCAUUGAUUAAGAAGUUAGCUGUGGGCUUGUCAUAUAUGGCCUUUAUUAUUUUUAUCAUAAAUACAUGUUGAAUCAAU